GAGUUGUGAACUUGGUGACAGGUGAAACUUUUAAUUGAGUGGAAGGUGGAUGUAAACGGCAAAUUUUCUUUUAUUAUCCUUAUUUAACAUCUUAUAGACAUAGCAUGCUGCACAUUGUUCUUAUAUGGCUAUCAUUUCUUGAUUAUAUUCACUGUUUACCUGAACACAAAUUAAAGAUACCUAAUAGCGAAAAUGUACCUGAUCCUUGUGAUCCUGGCAAAUUUGUAAAGUCCAUUGGUCACUUGAAUUAUGAUGGUGGUGGACCUCUUAAUUCGUUCGGUUCAGAUUUCGAAAGCAAACGGUCUUGGAGUCUACUCUGUCCAUUGGAUAGUGACGGUGAUGGAUUUACUAAUGGUCAAGAAUUAGGUGAUCCUAAAUGCCAAUGGAAAAUAGGUGAUCUACCUGAAAGAAUAUUCAAUAUUACUCAUCCAGGUGUAUGUACUCCUGUGGAUUCAGAGGUUUGUAAGAGACAGAUUAUAUGUAAAACUAAUAUUCAAACACAUUGUGGUUUUACUCAAUUCUCAACUAGUUUAUUAACUUUUAUAACAAUAUUAAUAGUAUUAUUAACAAUAUUGAAAUUUAUUAGUAAUACCGAAUUAAAAUAUCGUUAUGAACAUGAUAUAUGGCCUACAACCUGUUGUCCAUCAUUACCAUAUGAUAAACCUGGCUUUUCUUGGGAUAAUUAAUUUCUUUUAUAAGAUAAAGAAGAAAAAAAAGAAGGUUCGUUUGUUUCUACGAGAUUUUAUUUUGAUAAAAAGGCACAUUGUGUAUAUGUGUGUAUAUGUUUAUAUAGCCUAUAUUAUUAUUAUUAUUAUUAUUAUUAUUAUUAUUAUUAUUAUUUUGUAGUUUCAAUACAAUGAUUUAUUUCGUACCAACAAACUGUGAUAUUUUCUUUAUAGGUCUCUUUUUUUUUGUUUUUAUGAAUUAAUGAGCGAAUUGUGUAGAUUUGUAAUGAUUAUUAUCUUUGUUUCCUAUAUUAUUAUUCCUUUCGCUUUCCCAAGUAGUGUAUACAAUAUUCUCUUUCUGGGCGGAAAUUAUAUAAAUCUUUGUUUUUUGGUUUUGUUCA